AUGCCUUCGCCGUAUCAACUUUCGCCAGCGCAUUCGCGCCAAUCCUCCACCGACUCCACCACUUCUUCGCCCGUCACUCCGACCUUCUCUACGCGCGGCCACUCCCGCUGCCCGAGCUCUACUUCUUCUCUGGCUACCAAUCCGGAUUCUCCUGCAACCGCGCCAACUUCCAAGUCAAUGCUCCACGAUCUUGUGGAGGAGCCUGCUGAGCGCGAUGAGGCCUUCUGCGACAGCCUUGAGCCACUCUGCAUUUGCGACACGCCGUACUGCGAGCAUCGUCAAAGCGCAGAGUGUCGUGUGCUGCCAUACUCUCCUCCCGAAUGGAGUCCUGGAGACGACUAUUUCGAUGAUGGCCAAUUUCCUGGAGAACCACUGCCAAAGCGCCGCAGAUCCAGAGGACAGUCGACUGAUAGCUUCCCUUCUCGUCUCAGUCACCACUUCACUUCCAUCUCGAGGCGAUUUCAAAGUCGUCGAGCUUCCGCGUCUGUCUCCAGCACCCCUAUGCGCAGCGCGCCCAACUCACGCGCAUCUUCAUUGAGGUUGCCAACCACGCGCUCCGUUACUCUGCCCAUUGCCACGGACCUGUGCAACAUGUCAACACCUCCUUUCUUGUCUGCCGGUACAGACCCAAGUGAGCGAUCCGUAAGCCCUCCAAGGGCGAGAGCGUCGUCUCGAGCCACCUCCAGGCCCGUCGAAAUUGAGAUCCCACUGCCCGAGGAGGACGAUGCUGAACGCGAACAGCUCGCGUCCACGCCCCUGCUGCCUCCAAUGAUGGCGACAUACUUCAACGACUCCAACGAAGCUAUGCAGUCGCCAUUGCAGUCUCCGACUGUCGCAUCCGCCGCCGCUUCAUUCAUCAACACGCCCUCUGGCACUCCAAACCUAUCCGCUAGGGCUUCUAUAUCUUCGCUUCGCCAUGCCCGUUCGGCCACGAUCCAUCCAACACCUGAGAUUCCUCACCUGACCAGUGCGGAGACAGACCCUUGGGCCAUCAAGCUCGGGCAUGCGAACUUUCACAUCAACCCCGAACCUUACAUGCCUACUGUCUGCGAUGCACAGGCUUGCAAGCGUCUCGCGGAUCAUUGGGAGGCUGCCCGCGUCGAGUACAUGCGUCAAGCUGCUCGCAUCAGCGAGCAUUACGGUGUGACAUCUCAAACGUACAAGCUCACCGAGCAGAAAUGGGCCGAAAUCGAUGCGGUGUGGCGCGCCAACCACGAAGCAGCCAAUGCUGAAGCUCAGGCUAAAGGCGAAAGCCCGAUCUUUCAACCCCUGGCAGAGACGCAGCCGGUGUCCAAGAUGCCCUCCCUCAACGAUCCAAAGCAGCCUUUCAAGUUCCCGGCUGUCGAGGAGAAGGACUUCGUCGGCCCGAUGGUGCGCUACGCGAAAAUCCACCACGAACAACAGCCUUCAAGCAACAAGCCUUCAAUCCUGAAGCUCUUCACCGACACUUCCUCGUUGCUUGGACGAAGCCUCAGCGUGCGCAAGUGA